UUUGGUAUGGUUUUGCUGUUGUCUUCCUGUCUGCCUGACUCUGCAGUUGGCACUAAGCCCAGCAGCUUCCUGUUUAGUUUAGUUUCAUUUCUCACAAACUGGCUAGGAGGGUGUUGUUUCUGAAGCCAUGGCAGAGGCAGAGGAAGAAUUCAGAGCAGCUGCUGAGCUGGAAGAUGAGCUCAGCUGCCCUAUCUGUCUGUGCUUCUACAGGAACCCUGUCUCCCUGAGCUGCCAUCACAGCUUCUGCAAGGAGUGCAUCCAGAAAGCACUGGCUGCCCAGCAGCAAGCCAAGGCCACCUACUCCUGUCCUAUGUGCAAGGUCCAGCUGGGGCCCUUUCUGGAGCUGCAUAAGAACUUCCAGCUCUGCAGCAUCGUGGAGAAGUUCCAGACGGCUUCCUCAAAGGGAAAGCAGGGCAAGGAGAAGGCCUCUCCGCAAAGGAAGGAGAUAAUCCCCUGUGAUUUCUGCUUGGAGCAGCCUCACACAGCAGUGAAAACCUGUAUGACCUGUGAGGCAUCUCUGUGUCAGGCCCACCUGAGCAAACACAAUGCCAAGGCUGCACAGAAGGAUCAUGUCCUGGUGGAACCCAGUGACAGCAGCUCCCUGCAGGAGAGGAAGUGUGGCGAGCAUGGCAAGCUAUUAGAGUGUUACUGUGAAAAUGACCUGGCCUUCGUCUGUGUGAUGUGCUCUAUCGCAGGCUCCCACAAGGGCCACAGCGUCAUCACCCUGAAGGAGCAGUAUGACAAGGAGCUGGUUGUUUUCUCUAACACUAUGGAACUGAUGCAGGAAAACAAAAGUGCUAUGAAUAAAACCUUAGGGGAGCUUCAGAAGAGUGAGAAUCAGCUCCAGCUCAAUAAGAAAACUUUGGAUGCUCAGCUGUCAAACCUUUUCAAAGAGAUCAAGGCAGAGGUGGAUCAGAAGGAGAAGCAGAUCCUGGCUGACAUACAAGCCAGUGAGAAAAAGCAGCUGUCAGACAUUGCCACACUGAAGAAGCAAACAGAAAAGAAGAGAGAUGAGGCUGCGAAGGAUCUUCAGGACCUGCAGAGGCUGAGAGCGCAAACAGACCCUUUCCAGUUCCUCAGAGCAUUUAAACUGGCACAAGACAGGAUUAAUAAUCAGGAUUUCAGCACUGACAGCAUGGAUGUAUUAGCACUGCAGCUGGAUCAGGCAACAAUUGCAGCUGCUAGAAGCUGGACACAGCAGUAUAUCUCAAACCUAGAUUCACUGAUGCAAGCGGUGCACAGUCAAUUCAUUAACCAAACACAGAGGAACAGAGCAGCUCCAGACUCCAGAGAUCAUUUCCAUUAUCAAGGUAAUCCAUACCAUUCUUUCUUCAAAAAACAACAGAGGUUUGGUUUUGGAAAUCCCCAUUUUUCACGGAAAUAGACUGGGAACACAAGGCAGUGAAUGCAGGACAUCAAAGAACUGGCUUAAUUUGGUCUACAACUUCCAUGAGAUAUGACAGGCCCAACCACUCAAGAUCAAGAGACAAGACAUUUUCUGCCUUGGUGUUUUGAACCCUACUAUGCUCUUAUCUCGUGCAUCCCUGUUGCCCUGCUUCCACAGGUGAAUUCAAAGACACUGUCAGCUCUGUUCACAUUCAGGUCUGGACUCAGUGGGCCAUGUUCAUUGGAAAGUUGAGAGUUCGCUACCCACUAAUGGCACAGAUUCAACAAGCAGGCUCACAACUGGGCAUUGCUUCUUCUCAAAACCUGCCAAGUGAAAUGUUGGAAAACAAAAGAAAAUGAUGAAAACAAUAUCUCCAAAACAAGACUGUGAAGAAAUAUUCCCCAGGAUUGUCAACAGAACGUUGUUCAGAACUGAGUUUCUAGGGUUGAUGUUUGCAGCCUUUAGGUUAAGCUGGUGCCAUUCUCAUUAAAUUAGGGUUUAAGGACUAAACUACAAUACAGAAAGCGUAUUAACUGAAUAAUGCCUUACCAAACAUGCUCAAAAAGGUAAAAAGAGAGUUAUAAAGAGAUAUUCCAGUCAUUUUUCACACCCUCUUCAUGAAGUCAACUUUGUUUUGUAAUCACUUUGGCAUGAAAUGUAUCGAGCAGUUGAGCUCCAAGCCACAGAUUUUCCAGCCACCCUGCGUGUCUCUGAAUCACUAAAGCAAUUUCCUUAAUUAAACUGAGAUUGUAAAACUCAAAGUCUGGAAAAGCCCCCACAGUUCAUGCAGUAGUUUCCGCAUCUAUAAAUGAAGGGCAGGGAUACUGUCCUACCUCCCUCAGGGUUGUGACGAUUAACUGGUCAAUAUUUGUACUCCCCCUUGCACCAUGGGAAAUGCAAUCUCAGUGUUAGGUAUGAUCAUUCGCAGCAUUUUUACAAAAGACAAAUAAACCUCAUAACAUCCCUGUGAGGCAAACAUUAUUCAUUAUUUGUACUACUGUAGUGUUUAGGGUCCCUAGUCAGAACAAGUACACAGUCUCUGCUGCAAGGGGCUUACAGUUAAGUCUUAGACGAUAUAUGGGGGCAGACAGACAGGCAGGCUGGGGAUUACAAGGAAACAAUGAGACGAUAUUGGUCAUCAGGAUAGGCAAUGAUAAGGAUUAUCCCAACUUUACAGAGCAGGGAGGUUAAGCGUUUGCCUGUGGUCACAGAGGGAGUCGCUGAUGAGAACUCUGCGGUUCUGACUCCCUGUCCUAUGCUCAGCCACACCUACUGCCUUUCUUCACAUGCUUCUCUGUGUGUUUAUUGCCCUCCCCCGCCCAUUUGUAAUAAUCCUCCUUGUGCCUGUGUGGCAAUAGGCAGGGCCUAAAUAAAUUCAAACAAUCACUGCAAAUACUAGAAAAUGGACAGAUGGCCUCAAAUGCAGCCCUGGAA